AUGCAGACUGCUUCUACAAACAUUUGUGAAAGACUGUGCAAUAAGUUCAUCUGUGAAAUUUCCUGGGUACUAAAUAUUCCACUGUCAACUGUUAGUGGUAUUAUAACAAAGUGGAAGCAACUGGGAACAACAGCAACUCAACCACAAAAUGGUAGGCCACGUAAAAUGACAGACCGGGGCCAACACAUGCUGAAGCACACAGUGCGCAGAAGUCGCCAACUGUCUGAAGAGUCAAUAGCUAAAUAUCUCCAAACUUCAUGUAGCCUUCAGAAUUAGCACAACAGUACAUUGGGAACUUCAUUCAAUGAGUUUCCAUGGCCGAGCAGCUGCAUCCAAGUCAUACAUCACCAAGUGCAAUGCAAAGCGUCAGAUGCAGUGGUGUAAAGCACGCCGCCAGUGGACUCUA